UCUACCCACUGAUGCCAUCAUAGUUUUGCACUUCCAACUACUCUCUCUCUCUCUCUUUCUCUCUCUCUCUCAAAGGUUGAACAUUUUUGUGCACUCACUGUGCAGUGAAGUGGCUGACCUCAGGAAGAGCCCAUUUCAAAGAAAAUGAAGAAGGGUAUUUUGGUUUGGGUUUUUUCAGUGAUUUCAGUGGCAAUCAUCUACUCCCAUUGCUCUCUUGCUCUCAGCCAAGAUGGCUUCACAUUGCUGGAAAUCAAAAGCACUUUGAAUGACAGUAAGAACAUGCUCAGUGACUGGCAACCUUCUGAUGAUUCACCAUGUAAAUGGACUGGUAUUUCUUGCCAUCCUCAGGACUUGAGAGUCAGCUCUAUAAACCUACCUUACAUGCAACUAGGAGGGACUAUAUCUCCCAGCAUUGGCAAACUCAGUAGAUUACAGAGACUGGCACUUCACCAGAACAGCUUACAUGGAUCCAUUCCUAAUGAAAUUACCAAUUGUCCUGAGCUUAGGGCUCUGUACUUGAGGGCUAAUUAUCUCCAAGGAGGAAUACCAUCAGCUAUUGGAAACCUUUCUCAUCUCACAAUACUGGAUUUAUCGAGCAAUUUAUUAAAGGGUGCUAUACCUUCAUCUAUUGGACGCCUCGCACAAUUGCACUCUCUGAACUUGUCCACUAACUUCUUCUCCGGGGAAAUCCCAGAUGUUGGAGUUCUAAGCACUUUUGGGAACAAGUCGUUUAUUGGCAACCUAGAUCUUUGUGGCCAACAAGUGCACAAGCCCUGCCGCACCUCACUGGGAUUCCCUGCAGUGCUACCACAUGCUGAAAGUGAUGAAGCAGCAGUGCCUACUAAAAGAUCUUCUCAUUACAUCAAAGGUAUGCUUAUUGGUGCAAUGUCCGCCAUGGGCUUUGCACUUUUCAUUCUCCUUGCUUUCCUCUUAGAGGUCAAAAAACAAGUAAAACAAGAAGCAAACACAAAACUCAUCACUUUCCAUGGAGAUAUGCCUUACCCCUCGUGUGAAAUCAUUGAAAAGCUAGAGUCACUUGAUGAAGAGGAUGUUGUAGGAUCAGGAGGAUUCGGCACGGUAUACCGAAUGGUCAUGAAUGAUUGUGGAACAUUUGCAGUUAAAAGAAUUGAUAGAAGUCGGGAAGGAUGUGAUCAAGUUUUUGAGAGGGAGUUGGAGAUCUUGGGCAGUAUUAAGCACAUAAAUCUAGUUAACCUGCGAGGCUACUGCAGGCUCCCAACUUCAAAACUUCUUAUAUAUGAUUAUCUAGCUAUGGGAAGCUUAGAUGGUUUCUUGCAUGAACAAGGGCUGGAAGAGCGACCUUUGAACUGGAAUGCUCGUUUAAGAAUAGCUCUGGGUUCUGCCAGAGGGAUAGCAUACCUGCACCAUGAUUGCUCUCCGAAAAUAGUACAUCGUGACAUAAAAUCCAGCAACAUUCUUCUAGAUGAAAACUUGGAGCCCCGAGUGUCUGACUUUGGUCUUGCGAAGCUUUUGGUUGAUGAGGAUGCCCAUGUCACAACGGUGGUGGCUGGCACUUUUGGCUAUCUGGCUCCAGAGUAUUUGCAAAGUGGGAGAGCCACUCAGAAGUCAGAUGUAUAUAGCUUUGGAGUUCUUUUGCUAGAGCUUGUGACUGGAAAGAGACCUACCGAUCCGACAUUUGUAAAACGGGGCUUAAAUGUUGUUGGCUGGAUGAACACCCUAUUGAGAGAAAACCGAUUGCAUGAUUUAGUCGAUAAAAGGUGCACAGAUGCAGAUUCUGAAACUGUGGAAGCAAUUCUUGAAAUAGCGGCAAGGUGUACAGAUGCAAACCCGGAUGAUAGACCAUCAAUGAACCAGGUAUUGCAGCUGCUAGAGCAAGAGGUCAUGUCGCCUUGCCCGAGUGAUUUCUAUGAGUCCCAUUCUGAUCACUGUUGAUUAAUGGCAAAAGGCAAAGGCCUAGUGACUGCAAACAGGAUUUCUACAAGUCCCAUUCAGAUCACCUUGCUCAUUCAUUUUCUCUAUAAUUGUGUUGUCUUAGCCCCUCUCUAGGGGCCAUGUAAAUUAUAUAAUAUGUAUCUCUGCAUGGUUAAUUUUCUUCAUUUUUCAUGCACAUGUAAGCGAAAACCAACUAUGCAAAGAGCUCGAAG